GCCUCGCUGGAAGAAAGCAGCGCCUGCCCACCUGCUCCACGAGCCCUCCUCUUUGCGCCCAGCCUGCCUCUCGCGGCUGCCUUAGCGGACUGCGGCCAGGGUCUUAGCUCGGUGGCUUUUGGAGGGGGGGAUCGAGCGAUCGGACGGUCGUGCUCGCCUGCAACUUGCCUCGGGACUAAAGCGGGUUUAAUAAGGCAUUAUCUUCGCACUGCCCGCCCCUGGGUUAGCCGGCGGAACCGUCGGGAUGGAUUACACGCGGAUGAUCCUUCCCUUGCUUUUUGUGAUCAGCCAGGCAGCUCAACACGCCGAUGCAGCGGUCGGUGCCUGGGUGGAAGCCACCAAGCAGCCCGCGAGCGCCCCCUCGCCGCCGCGCAGGGUGAAGCGUUGCUCCUGUUAUUCCAUGAUGGAUAAAGAAUGCGUCUAUUUCUGCCACCUGGACAUCAUCUGGAUUAACACUCCGGAGCGGAUUGUGCCCUAUGGGCUUGGAAGCCUUUCUCGAACCAGAAGAUCCCUAAAAGAUUUACCGCUUGAGACACUUCAGCCAUCUCACAGCAGAUGCCACUGUGCUAGCCUGAAAGACAAGAAGUGUAUGAACUUUUGUCAGCCAGGAACAGAGCACAGAUCUCAGUCCACUACAGAGAAGGAAUGGAAACAUUUGUUUAAAGGGAGAGAUUGCAAAGGACUUGGACUCAAGUGUACAUUUCAUCAACUGGCUGAAAGCAAGAAAAUGAAGAGGUUGGAUACUCUUCGAAACAGCAUCAAAGCUUCUUCCAAUAUUGCCAAACUGGUAAGCAAGCUGCACAAACGAAAGCAGCUGAAGCAUAACCGGACAUACGAAAAACAAAACAUCUGGCAAAGUCUGAAAAUGACAUCGUAGUGGAAAGAUCACCAAGCCUAAUCCUCAAGUCAGCAAGACUUUCUGACAAAGCUUUGCUGAGGCUUUGUUUUGGCUUCUCAACAUUCCACUUCAGGAAAAGAUCAAGGAAAGUCGAUCUAAAUAUUAACUCUCUAAAGUAAAGGAGAGCCCACAUAGAUAUUCCAUUCAGACUGAUGACAAAACAGAUAAAGACUGGCAUUUUAUUGGAAUUCAGUGGGUCAAAGAAAAUCUUCUCAAUCAAUUCCUUUAAAGACUGUCAAACGAAGAAUGGACAUGUUUGGGUCCCAGCUCCAAAAAGAGAGUAACAUUUAAAGCAUCAACUCCUUUGAUUUGUCAGGGUUCAGCCACAGUAUAACCCAAAGCCAGAUCAAAAAUGGAAAGACCAAGAUUUGAAAGAGAAGAUGCCUUAGCUCCAACCCUGAUUAAAGGCCAAAUAACUCUGCUAUUUUGAUUGAGGCACAUAUUCUAAAUUACAGGUCUACCUCAUAUGCUCUGAAUUGCACUCUUGCCAAACUAACAUUACAACUAUUUUGUGAGUUUUGAGUGUUGGCUUCAACCUUUUUUACCUUUAACCAUGAUUGCCUAUAGUUUAGUUAAUUUAGUUUUAGAUUUUCAGGAUUGCAGAUUACGUUUGUCUACAAUCUGGUGGUAAGGGAAUGAAAUAAAUUGCCUUCAUCCCAAAGAUAUAAUGUCAUUUGAGAAAAUAGAUCUCACUAUUUUUCAGGGGAUCAUAUUUUUAAAAGAGUGUUAGAGUUAGAAUUGGAGUGAUAAAGGAUUGUUAAUACAUGAAAUUCAGUAUAUAUGAAAACAACAAAAUUUAGUGCCAUUGAGUAAAACAUGAAUUGGAUGACCAAAGUUGUACUAAGAGGUUGUGCUGUCUAGUUUUCUCUAUAAAUAAAAUUUGAAGACAAAGCUAGUUUAAAACUAAGAUCAAAGGCUUAUCUGGAGCAAACAUGAAUAGCAAUGGAUUUAUCUAUAUGAUAAAUUUUCUGUAUAAUAUUUCUGGAUCAUAUUUUGUAUGAUGUGCUCUUUACCAUUAUAUAUUAUAUUUAUAUUCAGGUGGGUGUAAAUUAUAUUUACUAUGUUGAACUUAUAUUGAAACAGGCCAUAUUGGUCUAUAUGUUUAUAUGUUUUAAUAAAUUUCUGUAUGAAAUUGGAAAAUUCUUUAUGCCUGUUAAGGUAAAUAUACUAGAAAUAAAUAUUUUGAACUACUCA